UUGUUUUUUCUGAGCUUUUUUUUUCUUUUUUUUUUUUUUUCCUUCACAAUUCUCGCAAUGUUCUCAUUCAUCCAGCUCGGUCGGACGCUCCAGUCGCGCGUCGGGCUCGGCGUGACUGUGUGCAUUGCUGGUGUUGUGAUUGUGGCCUUUGUUCGCCAGGAAAUCCGGCUGCGACGACGCCGGCACGCGAGGCGAGAGAAGCUGACGCGGUUGCAUCGCGACGCAGCGCUGGACGACCUUCAGCUGGCCGCGGAGGACGAGGACGAGGAGGACGACAGCAUUGACGUUGCGUCGGAGCUGCUUGCUGCAGCUGGCCACGACGAUGACGACGAUGAUGAUGACGACGAUGGGCUGGACAACGAUGACGACGCUGUGGCUGUGGCUGCUGGUGCUGGGGCUGCUGGGGCUGCGGUUCAAGUCGCGGGGGCGAAUUCGACGGCGGGUCCGGGCACCCCAGUCACGCUGCUGUCUGGCACUGCAGGAGGAACUGCGGUCGCUGCAGACAAGUACAAGGCGGCGGCUGCUGCGGCGGCCAUUGCGACUGCGCGGACCAAGAAGCGCGAGGAGCGAGCCAGGCGCAAAGCAUCAGAAUUGCUGGCGAACAAUUCGGCCAAUCUGAAGGACAAUCUGGCGAGCAGCGCGACUGGAACUGGAGCAACGGCUGGGUCGGACAAGCACGAGCAUGGCCAAGACGCUGGCGACGACGCUCUGGCUGGAAAACACCUCGGGAAACUCAAGCACGGCAAGCGAGAGGCAAGGGAAGGCGAGGACGAAACGGCAAAACUCAUCCGCAAGAUCAAGAUUCUGAGAUACUUGGACGAACCGCUGGCACGAUCGCUGUGCACCAUGAUGAAGCCGUUCUCAAUCAAGGCGAACGAGCUGCUCUUCCGCAAGGGCGACAAGAGCCCUGAUCUUUGGAUUGUCAUGGAAGGAACUGUUCAACUGUUUUUGGAGGAAAAUGACCCGACCUCGCUGCUCUGCGACAUUCGAAGUGGACAAACUGUAAUGAGCUUGCUGACCUAUUUGGACGUCAUGGCCGGACACGAGUCGCUGCCCUGUCAAGUUUACGCUCGUGCUUCAACGGAUGCCAAGCUGCUUCGUUUGCCUUGCGAGAGCUUCCGCAUGCUGGCAAGCUCCGCGCCCCACGCCGUGGCUCGCAUCACACAAAUGAUCAUGUUGCGUCUUCAGCGUAUUACGUUCUUGGCGCUGUACAAGUUUUUGGGUUUGACGGAGGAGCUCUUGUUGCCUACUGAAGAUCACGUUCUCAACGUCUCCAACGCCCCGGAAGCUGCCAAGGAAACCUGGUCCCAGAUGGCCGUUCGCUUGAUUCUCGCUCGCAUUGGCGAAAUCCACCAAAAGGACCGCGAGCUGCUUGAAGCGAAUCUCGCCUGCAUGAACGUUCGCAAAGACCAACCGCUAUCGGAAGCCAUGCUACUCCCGCCACCGGACGCUCCGACUGUGCCCGGCCUCGUGUCCGCUGCAGCUGUCCCCGCUCCGGCUGCGGGAAGCGCCAUCCAGUUUGUUGUUCGCGGCUCAGUCACGCUGUACACCACUCAGCGAAACGGCACCAAGCAUCCCCUCUACGACGUCGGCGUUGGUGGCAUCAUUGGCCACCUGGCCGCAUUGACGGGCGAUCACACGGACAUUUUUGCCAUCGCCAAGGAGGACUCGCAAGUGGUCAAUGUGCCCCGCGAUGUUUUCGACGAAAUUGCCAACAACAACCCGAAUGUUUUUCUGCAACUCGCGCUCUUCUUGUCGCGCCGGCUGAGUCCCCUCGUCCGCCAGUUUGACUAUGCGCUGGACUGGCGGUACCGCAAGGCUGGCAAGGUUUUGUUCGAGCAGGGCGAAGAGUGCACCGGACUGCAUAUUGUGCUUCAUGGACGCGUGCGUGCCUCGCACCAACCCGCUCCGGUGGCUGCAGACCGCAUGGGCCCGAAUGGCCGUCCCAUGAGCGCAGCCUACCAGGCCGCCAGCACGCUUUCGUGGACCAUCAACGGCGGGCAGCAUGCGACGGAAGAAUUUGGCCGCGGCGAUAGUGUGGGCGAAAUCGACCUCUUGACCGAGUCGCGUCACUCAGCCACGGUGGUGGCCAUCCGUGACACGGAAAUCUGCCAAAUCCCGAAGAGCAUGUUCACCAUGAUUGUCAAUCGCUAUCCGUACGUGAUGGCCCACUUUGCGCGCGCCAUGUACAAGCGCAUCGGCAGUCGGCUGCAGCGUGUCGCUCGAAGCCCCGUGUUUGACGACCUGUUGAACUUUGCGACGCUCCAGCCCAUCGGACGAGACGGGCCUGCCUCCGGCCCGGCCGACAUGGACGAACUGACUGGCGCCAGCAUGACGGUGCAACCCUCCUUGUCCUCGACAUCGCUCGCCACCACCUCGACGACCGCCUCGCCCAAUCCCGUGCUGGCUGGCACCGUGCCGUUUGCGACAGCGGCGGUUGCUGCGUCGGCCGCACACAGCAAUGCCAACCGCGCCAAGCUGGCCACCGUGGCCUUGAUUGCCUCCUCGGACGACGUCCCUCUCCGUGCUUUUGCCAACCGACUGGUCGCCUGCCUGUCCAAGCUCGGCCAGACGCUGCGUCUCGACCAUGACGCCGUGCUGGCCCAGUUCAACUCCAAGUCUGUGACGGUGCUCGACAAAAUCCGGCUCACGUCCUGGCUGGGACGGCUCGAGGAAGAGAAUGACAUUGUCGUGUACGAAGCCGAGAACAAGGCGUCGUCCUGGACCAAGCGGUGCAUUCGCCAGGCCGAUAUCAUCUUUGUGGUCUGCAACGGCCGGAAUGGGCCAAAGAUUGGAGCAGUCGAGGCGGAGAUUACGCCCUUCAUGAAGCGCAGCAACGCCCGCAAGGAGCUGGUCUUGCUGCAUGACGAAGUUGAGGCCGAGUCGGACGCCCUCUUGCGCAAGAUGCUGGCCAGCCGUGCUGGCUUUGUCUCGGAGCCCGAUCCGGCGCUGCGCGAUCGCCAGAGUCAUUUGCGAUUUACCGCUCCCAACGGCACUCGCUUCUGGGCUGCGCCUCGGUCGUGGACCAAUGCCCAUCACCAUGUUUGCAUGCAUCGCCACCUCAUUCUGGACACGGAGCACUACAAGUCGGACUUUGCCCGUUUGGCUCGCCGCGUGCGGGGCCAGUCGAUCGGCCUCGUGCUUGGAGGAGGCGGUGCGAAAGGCCUGUCCCAUGUGGGAAUCAUCAAAAUGCUCGAGGAGCACGAAAUUCCCGUUGAUAUGGUUGGCGGCACGAGUAUUGGCGCGUUUGUCGGCGCUCUCUACGCCAAGCACCGUGACGCGUCUCUUCUGGAAGAAAAAACCAAGUUGUACUGCCGUCUGUUUGGCAACAAGUGGCGCUUGAUUCGCGAUCUCACGGUGCCUCUGACCUCCUUCUUUUCCGGCGAUGCGUUCAACCGGAUUCUGCGCCGCAUUUUUGGAGAGACCCUGAUCGAGGAUUUCUGGCUGCCGUACUUUUGCACGACGACCAACAUUACCACCAAUUCUCUGAAUGUUCACCAGGAAGGCACCGGCUGGCGCUAUGUUCGUGCGAGCAUGACGCUGGCUUCCUUCAUGCCCCCUCUGUGCGAAGGGAACAACUUACUGUUGGAUGGUGGCUACUGCAACAAUCUGCCGGCCGACGUGAUGCAGGCUCUGGGCGCGCAAAACAUCAUUGCGGUGCACGUCGGCACGGUGGACGACACCAACUACUACAACUAUGGCGACGCGUUGAGUGGCUGGUGGCUGCUCUGGCGCAAGAUCAAUCCGUUCGCAAAGCCCGUGCACGUGCCGUCGAUGAGCGAUAUUUCACAGCGCAUUUGCUACAUUCGGUCGGACUUGAACCUGGAGCUGACCAAGGAGCUGUACUGCAGCCUGUAUCUUCGCCCGCCAGUCAACCACUACCCGCUGCUGGCGUUUGGACGCUAUGCCGAAAUCUCGGCCGUUGGCUACGAGUACGCGGCCUCUCUGUUCAAGAGCUGGAUGGCGAGUGGCCAGCUCGAGGCCCUGAGCAUCCCGUGCAAGGAGCUUGUCGAGGCGCAGCGCGAGCGUGAGAAGCUUGCCCGCCACCAAGCUGCCGAGCGUCCCGCUGGCAUGCUGCAGCGCUCAUCUUCGUUUAUUUUUGCGUGAUGACAAAGUUGUCUGUGGGGAUUUGGUGGAUUUGGCGGCGUUGUUCGUGGUUUUGGUUGUUUGGUGUUUGGAAUUUUUAUUUUUCUUGGCUAUCUUGGGGUCGUUCGCCCAACUGUCAAGAUCUGCUUUGCUAUUGGGCGUGAUUGGUUGUCUGAUUGCUUGUACGACUGUUUUUUGAUGCACGUCUCAAUAAAUGCAAUGCAAGUGGCA